GUGUAUUCAUUUUCUCCUUUUACUAUUUAUUUUUAUUUUUAUUUAACACCCUGAUGCUGUCGUUCGGUUUAACAAUAGUCCGACAUGGUGAGACGCAGUACAACAAGGAUGGACUACUACAAGGCCAGGGAAUAGACUCGUCUUUGUCUGACAUCGGAGUGCAGCAAGGCGAAGCUGCUGGCCAGUAUCUGCAAGAUGUCCACUUCACUAAUGUCUUUGCCAGUGAUAUGAAGCGUGCCAGGCAGACUGCUGAAAUUAUUUUGAGGAAAAACAAGACAUGCGGCAAUCUAGACAUUGUGAUUGAUCCAUUACUUAAAGAGAGGAGCUUUGGUGUUGCGGAAGGAGGCCUAGUAGAGAACAUGAAGAACAUGGCUAAAGAAGCUGGCCAGCCAAUCCCAGAGUUCACACCUCCAGGUGGAGAAACAGUGGAUCAGGUAAAGGUACGAAUCAGCAAGUUCCUUAAAUCCAUGUUUCAGCAGAUGGUUGUAAAUCAUAGAGACAAAAUACUGCCAUAUGAAGAAGCCCAGCUAGGAGACACAGACGGAUCUAUUGCAGGUUGCCCAGAUGAUGGAGUCUCAAAUGUGCCUGCUCAUGCUCUUGUGGUGAGCCAUGGUGCUUACAUGCGAGUGGCUAUGCGGUAUUUUAUAGAGGACCUAGGGUGCACUGUGCCUCCUGGGGCAAACAUGUUUCAGGUGUUUUCAGCCUGCCCCAACACUGGAAUGUGUCGAUUUAUUGUGACUUUAAAACUUUCUGACUCUGGCAUUCUGCUGUCUUGCAUGAAUUGUGUAUUUGUCAAUCGAAGAGACCAUAUUAAGACUGAGAACAACUAAGUAAAGAGCCA